AUGGCUCAAGAGCAUGGCUCAAAGUGGCCGAGCUUCAGAGGCACUUUGUCCAGAGGCAGACCAAGCUUCCUGACAAGAACAGCUACAGACGAUGCAGGCGAACUCCUUCGACGUUCUUCUUUGCCACCGGAUGUUCGAGACCUGAGCGAUUAUGGCACGAUCAAACAAUCACCCCCCGAGCAGCGUCAAACUCCAUUGGCAGUAGCACAAGCUGUCGGUCAUGCACUACCGCAAGAGUCUAGCUCUUCACCACCACCCCGACGGACAUCUCGGAAUGGUCUCACGGAGAUUGAUCAUGAUAUCACAUCGAAUACCGGGAGUAAAGCCAGUCGCAAGCCAAAGCCAGCUAUCAACGUUGCUACCAAACUCGACACAUUCUCGGGAGUCUUCGUGCCAACAAGUCUCAAUGUCCUCUCUAUCCUGAUGUUCAUACGUUUCGGCUUCAUCCUUGGACAAGCUGGACUUCUUGGUAUGCUUGGUCUCCUUGUUGCCGCCUACAUAAUCAAUCUCGUCACAACCUUCUCCAUUUCUGCUGUGGCAUCAAAUGGCACGGUUCGUGGUGGCGGCGCAUACUAUCUGAUUUCGAGGUCGCUGGGUCCUGAAUUUGGUGGCUCAAUAGGCAUUGUCUCUUACAUUGGGUUUGUUCUCAAUACUGGUAUGAAUGCUGUGGGUCUCGUCGAUUGUCUUAUUUACAACUUUGGAAAAGAGUCCGGUAUCUGGUCGGAAUGGCUUCCAGAUUCAGCUUGGUGGCCCUAUCUUUGGUCGACGGUUGUUGUCAUCUUCUGCGUUACAAUCUGUCUCGCAGGCAGUUCGCUGUUUGCGAGGGCAAGUAAUGGUCUCCUGCUUAUUCUACUCCUUGCAACUUUUAGCAUUCCUCUUUCGGCUAUGCUCGUCACUCCGUUCACGAGAGCUGGUCACUUGAGACAGUACACACAUUUCACUGGCAUAACGUUGCAUACGCUAAGACAAAAUCUUCUGCCCAGAUUUACAAAAGGUGCAGCCGGCAGUCAGAUCAAAGGCAGGGAGAAUUGGGCUGAUAUGUUCGGCAUCUUAUACCCUGCAACAGGUGGUAUAUAUGCUGGAGCAAGUAUGUCUGGUGAUCUCAGGAACGCAAGCAAAUCCAUACCUUCGGGUACACUUUAUGGCAUUUUUCUUACAUUUGUUUCAUAUGCGCUCGUGAUCCUGGCCAUGGCUGCCAGCAUAUCACGAGAAACGUUCUACAGGAACGUCAACGUCAUCCAGGAUGUCAAUAUAUCGGAAGUGCUUGUUCUGCUAGGAGAGAUCGCAACUACUUCGUUCUCGGUCUUGAUGGGCAUCAUAGGGCCGGCAAAACAACUUCAAGCAAUUGCCAGAGACGGUAUAUUCCCGGGGUUAGGCAUAUUCGGUAAAGGCACGAAAGGCUCAGACGACCCUAUCUACGCUAUACUCUUCACCUGGCUUGUGGCACAAGUUACUAUUCUAUUCGACAUCAACAGCAUCGCGUCUCUGGUCACCAUGAGCUACCUCAUGAUGAACUUUGCUCUACACCUGGCAUGCAUUCUACUCAAAGUGAGCUCAGCUCCCAACUUCCGUCCAUCUUUCAAAUUCUUCAACAUCUGGACUGCUACUGUUGGUGCAGUAUUGAGUAUUGCCACCAUGUUCUUUGUUGAUGCGGAUGCCGCAGCAGUAUCUAUUGCGAUACUUGUGAUCUUAUUCCUAGUCAUCCACUACACCACACCCCCAAAACCAUGGGGGUCAGAUGUCACAUCGGGACUCGUCUAUCAUCAGGUACGAAAGUAUCUUCUACGCCUCAGAACUGAAUCCGUUAAAUACUGGAGACCUCAAAUUCUGCUAUUCGUUAACGACCCUAGACGUGGCUUUAAACUUAUCAAGUUUGCAAACAGCCUGAAGAAGGGAGGUCUCUUCAUACUUGGACACGUCAUAGUAACAGAGAACUUUGGUGACUCGAUCCCGGAGGUUAAACGCCAGCGAGCUGCGUGGACGCAGUUUAUCGACCUCAUCAAGAUCAAGGCAUUCAUCAACGUUUUGUCAUCUCCUUCAAUGGAGUGGGGCUCACGCAAUCUUGUGCUGUCGGCUGGACUUGGAGGUAUGAGGCCCAACAUUGUGAUGAUGGGUUUCUUCAAUCUUGAACAGUUCCGUAGCGAGCAGCCACUAGUUGACAUACCCUCUCCGCCACCAGAGAGAAAGAAUACAGGUCGACUGCGCCGGAAGAGUCAAGGACAAGUCAAGGGCGCCCUACCCACUGACAUCUGUUUUGUGGAGAAAAGAACGGACCUACAAGCCUAUGUCUUGACUUUAGAAGAUCUGGUACUCAAGCUCAAAAUCAAUGUUGCUUUGGCCACGGGCUUCUCGGACCUCGAGCUUCCUGAACAGAAAAACGGUGAGAUCACGAAGAAGUACAUCGAUUUGUGGCCAAUUCAGAUGUCAGCAGAAGUUCCUGCAGGGGAAGACACAGGCAAACAAUCGAAUCUUACAACCACGAACUUUGAUACUUAUACACUCAUUCUUCAGCUUGGUUGCAUCUUGAACACUGUUCCAUCAUGGAAGAAGACCUACAAACUUCGUGUGGCAGUAUUCGUGGAGUAUGAGAGUGAUGUUCAAGAGGAAAAAGAAAGAGUUAUCGCAUUGCUUGAAAAUCUUCGUAUCAAGGCAGAGGUAAUCGUCUUCUACCUUGCAUGUGGCGCUAUCAAGUCGUACAAUCACAUCGUCAAUGGCCAACAGGUUGACGAAGACACAGAGAAGCAAGUGUCACAAGUCUUGGAAGACGAAGAGUGGUGGGCAGAAUUGCAACGAGUUCGUGGCAAGGUAAGACAAGGCGAAAUGAGCGCAAUGGACGCUCUGAGUCUUGCUGAUGAGGUCGUCUGGCCUCCACCGUCUCUAGGCGACGGAAGAGACGCCUCUCUUGUUCGCUAUGGUGGCCUACGGAAAAUACUGCAAGGACCAAAUCGUCGGUCCUCCAUCGGUAAUGUUUCCAACAUGGGCGUCGUGCCUAGUAUGCGUACGCACAGACUGGACGACGAUAUGCUUAGCAGACAUGCAUCGCACGCAAGCGACCACUCAUCAUUCGAAGAUAGCGACGGUUCCGAUGGCGACUACCUAGACGAUGAGGAUGCCGACGACGAAUACGAAGGAAGAUACGAGGACGACGCCGAACAGUCCGAAGAUCUCCGUAGCAGCGAUGGACAAAGAACCUCAAAAUCACCUCACAGCCGGCCGACCUCCCGCAAAAGUAGCAAGAAAUCCUCAAAGAAGAGCAGCGGCCGCAACAGUCGUGCCUCAAGCUUACAAGCUGCUCCCAACGACAGCCUAGAAGACGAUAACAUAUUCACCCAUCCAAAUUACAACAGACCAGAAGAAGAAGAAGAAUCACCACGAGACCGAGGCCGCACUCAACUCCGCUCAAAUCGCAGUGUCGACGCCAACGCGAGCGAUUCACCAACAACAGCCCAACUCGACCCCGGGACAACAAGCUCCCAAAGAACCCGCAACACCUCACCAACCUUCUCAGCCGACCCAAUCCCCGAAACUCGAGAGACCAGUCACGAAGAAGGCGCAGGUCCAUCAAUCAUGUUCGCUAAACAGACCCAUCCUCGCCACGUAGACAGCUCUACUCGCCUCAAGUUCGACGCAGAUGUCGCUGCCGGUCCUACCAACUCUCGCUCGAUCUAUGUUAGAGGCACAUCGAGCGAUCCACCUCCAAUUUCCGACCGGAGAGAAUCUCCAUCCUGCGCAACAAUAACCUCAUCCUCGAUAGCGUCAGGAUAUCCAGCAGGCGCUUCCCUCCCUCUCUCAUUUAACGACCUGCCGUGUCGAGCGCAGCAUCUGAUCUUGAAUGAAUUGAUGGCUCAGAAUAGUCAGGAUGCGGCGGUUAUUUUUACGACGCUGCCGGCGCCUAUUGAGGGUACUUAUAAGAGUGAGAGUGACAGUUUGAGUUAUAUUAGUGAUUUGGAGGUGUUGACGCAGGGGUUGGGUCCUGUGCUGAUGGUGCAUAGUAAUAGUAUGACGGUUACUACUAACCUUUGA